UCCGGAAUCUCUACUCGAGCAUGUAUCCCCCACCCCUAGCUAGCGAGUUAGUCGGCCUUAAUUAAUAAGAUUAACUUUCAUCCGUACAGCUUGAAAAGGAAGCCGUGGAAGGCCAAGCCCAACCUCUGACCGAUCAUAUGAUCAUGUAUAUAUAUAUUAAGGGUCUCAACUGAUCAAUAAGAUGAAGGGCAACUAGCUAGGCUGGGGAAAUCCAAUUCCGAUAUAUUAUUAUUCUUGAGGAAUACUAUAUUAUGGCAUUGCUGCACUACUAUGAAAUCCUUUUGGCAUUCAUGAGCUUUCUUUUGAUUUUUCUUUUGGCCAACCAAGAUGGGAUUCCAGUAAACUGGCCAAUUCUUGGGAUGCUUCCGGGUCUUCUUAUUCGGAUCCAUAGGAUUCAUAGUUGGAUAGCUGAAAUCUUGCCUAAAGUUGGGGGUACCUUUCUUCUCAAAGGUCCUUGGUUCACUUCCAUGGAAGUGUUAUGCACUGUUCUUCCUGCUGAUGUCCACUACAUCAUGAGCUCCAACUUCUCCAACUUCCCCAAGGGUCCUCAGUUCAAGGAGAUGUUCGACAUAUUGGGAGAUGGGAUUUUCAAUUCCGACGGAGAUGUAUGGCAGGAUCAUCGGAAGGUUGGGCAGCUGUUCGUUAGUCACCUCAAGUUCCAUAGGUUUUCCGGGAAGACCAGCCGGGAUAAGGUCAAGAAAGGGCUGGUCCCGGUGCUUGAUCAUGCGUCCGACCUAGGCCUAGUUGUGGACUUGCAAGACGUGUUCCAAAGGCUCACCUUUGAUACCACCUGCAUGUUGGUCACUGGCUAUGACCCUGGAUGCUUAUCUCCUGAACUCCCUCGAGUUCCAUUUGCAGAUGCCAUGGAUGAUGCUGAGAGAGUCAUAUUGCUUCGCCAUGUAGUGCCAGAAAGCAUUUGGAAGUUGCAAAGAUGGCUUGGGAUUGGAUCUGAGAAGAGACUCAAAGAUGCUUGGGUAACACUUGAUCAUGUCAUAUUGAAGUAUAUAGCGAAGAAGAGAGAAGAACUGAGCAAAGGGAUCAAAUCACAAGAAGAUCAAGAGGAAGGGGUUGAUCUCUUGACAUCAUAUCUAACUACAAAAGAUGAGACAAUCAUGGGAUCAUUCAAGUGUGAUGAUAAGUUCUUGAGAGACACUACUCUGAGCUUCUUCAUUGCAGGAAGGGACACUAUCAGUUCAGCUCUCACAUGGUUCAUCUAUCUGGUUUCAACCCACUGCUCUGUUGAAGCCAAAAUCAUAGAUGAACUCAAAUCAGUUGUCCCAGAAAAAGAACCCAACAAAUGGAGGCUAUUCACUUUAGAAGAGGUGAACAAGCUAGUGUAUCUGCACAGUGCUAUCUGCGAAGCUUUGAGGCUCUACCCACCCGUUCCAUUCCAGCACAAGGCACCCCUAAGGCCGGACACACUUCCAAGUGGUCACAGUGUUCAUCCGAAGACGAAGAUAUUGUUCUCUCUAUAUGCAAUGGGGAGAAUGAAGUUUAUAUGGGGAGAGGAUUGCUCAGAAUUCAAGCCAGAGAGAUGGAUCUCCGAGCAAGGAACAAUCAAACACGAGCCAUCAUACAAGUUCUUGUCCUUCAAUGCAGGGCCCAGAACUUGUAUAGGCAAAGAACUGGCUUUCAACCAGAUUAAGGUGGUGGCAGCAGCCAUAAUCUACAACUACCGUAUUCGGGUGGCGGAGGGCCACCCUGUGACUCCUAACGUUUCCAUAAUUCUGUAUAUGAAACACGGUUUUAGGGUUAAAAUCACCAAAAGAUGGCUCGGAGUUGAUAGUAGCUAGUGUUUGUCGAUUUGAAAGUUUAUUUUGUGUUAAAUCUUGUUAUUAUUAUUAUUAUUUUUUAUAAAGGGUCUUAUGGAUGUACAUGUAUUGUCUUUAUUUGUAUUUAUUUAUAAAGAUUGCGAGUACUAUUAGGCGACCUCAAAGUCUUUAAGCAUUAUCUAUCAC